CCCCGAUACCGCCCCCCGGCCAUGGCCGACCCCAAGUACGCCGAUCUGCCCGGCAUCGCCAGGAACGAACCUGACGUCUAUGAGACCAGUGAUGUGCCCGAGGACGACCAGGCUGAGUUCGAGGCGUUUGCACAAGAGCUGGAGGAGCUCACCAGCAGCAGCGUGGAGCACCUCAUCAUCAACCCCAACGCCGCUUACGAGAAGUUCAGGGACAAGCGCCUGGGCACCAAGGGAGUGGAUUUCUCUGACAGCAUCAGCAAGAGCAGGACAACGGGCUACGAGUCGGGGGAGUAUGAAAUGCUCGGUGAGGGUCUCGGUGCCAAAGAGACGCCGCAGCAGCGGUACCAGCGGCUGCAGCACGAGGUGCAGGAGCUGCUUAGGGAGGUGGAGCAGAUCCAGAGCACGGUGAAGGAGUCGGCGGCGGAGGAGGAGCUGACGCCCAUGGCCUUGGCCAGGCAGGUGGAGGGCCUGAAGCAGCAGCUGGUCUGCAGCCACCUGGAGAAGCUGCUGGGCCCCGCCGCAGCCGUAGACUUUGCAGACCCCGACGGCGCCCUGGCCAAGCGGCUGCUGCAGCAGCUGGAGGUGGCGAAGUGCGGCAAGGCGGCGCCGGGGAAGAGCCCCGCCAAAGCCCCGGUGCCCCCCGGGGACGGCGUCACCUUUGAGCUGUACUGGAGGCCGGAGCAGGAGCAGUUUGCCCAGACCGCCAAGGUGGCGGAGCUGGAGAAGCGGCUGGCGCAGCUGGAGGCGACGGUGCGGUGCGAGCCCGACAGCCAGAACCCGCUGUUGGUCGGGCUGAAGGGCAGCAGCCUCGUGGAGACCGUGCAGGUCCUGCAGGCCAAGGUCAACAUCCUGGACGUGGCCGUGCUGGACCAAGUGGAGGCCCGGCUGCAGAGCGUCCUGGGGAAGGUGAAUGAAAUUGCCAAGCACAAGGCAGCGGUGCAAGAUGCCGACACGCAGAGCAAGAUCCACCAGAUCUAUGAGACGAUGCAGCGCUGGGACCCCGUGGCCAGCACCCUGCCUGAUGUUGUGCAGAGGCUGGUGACCCUCAGGGACCUGCACGAGCAAGCCACGCAGUUCGGGCAGGUCCUCGUGCACUUGGACACCACGCAGCAGGAGAUAGCCGGCGCUCUCAAGGACAACACGGUGCUGCUGGCGGAGGUGCAGAAGACAAUGAAGGAAAACCUGGCCAUCGUAGAGGACAACUUUGCGGACAUCGACGCCCGCAUCAAGCGGCUGCAGAAGUGAGAGCACCCGGGAGGCCCCCCCCG